AAAUACGCGCUCAUUUUGUAACUUUUAUCCAACCGUGUUCGGAGCGGUUUGUUGCACGUAAUGACUUAUCUAUUUUUAUGCGUAUGAACAACUUUGUUUCAUUGCAUUAAACGCAUACGUGACCUGCGCAUCAACAUGAUUGAUCUAAAAGAAUUUAUCAGCUGAGUAUGGGAGGCGCUUUGUGUCACCCCGAUCACCAACGCGUAUACAGUGUGUACACUAAAAAAUAAAUCUCGCAGUAAAGAGCGUAUGCGCAGAUAAGCUCAAGCGUUUGUUAUUAUUGUGUUUUAAGAAGUUGGAUUUUAGACUAUAAUAUUUUAUGAGAUAUUUUUAUUAGAGAAGUAUAAGAUUGGUUAAAGAUUUUGUUUGAGUUUUGCAGAUAAUCUCAGAUCGCUAGAAAUUAAGAAAACAAAAAUGUUGGAUCGAUAAGUAGAACUUGUUACGAGCAGUAUGAAAUAUACUGUAGAAGAGAAGUAAUCAUUCUUAUCCUUAAAGUUUUGUACGAGUUCUCCAUAGUGAUGCUUCUAAAACCCAAAGGUACUGUAUCUCCUGAAGAUUUUGAAAAUAAACUUCUUAUUGAAAAAUGGAUAAAACGGAAUUCAUCGAGCAAAGUCACCAUUGGUCAAAAUAUUGUAAAACCUAAUGAUUCUAUCAAAACAUCAAAUACCCCUGUAGCAAAAAAUCUAUCACCUAGUAAAGCAGCUCUGAAUAUAUCCACAACAAAAGUUAUUAAAAAAGUUAUUACAACUCCAGAGAUUUCCAAUAUAAAAUCUAAUGUAUCUUUAUGUAAUAAAAAGCGGCCACAUGAAUUUCUCUCAGAUAAAGGUGAACUAAGUAUUGCAAAAGUUUUAAGACAUUCUCUACCCACAGAUGGUUCUAAUUUGCAAAAAAUAAAUAAGAGUACACUGCCUCAAACAAUUAAUAGAAAAUCUGAACCAGCAGCUAAACCUAAAACUGUGAUUACAAAAAUUUCACAUCCUACUGAUCCUGUUAGGCAUACUACAGUCAAACCAACAGGAAUGAAAACAAGUAUGCCAAUAGCUUUGACGGUAAAACAUAGUCCAACAAAACCAGAGCCUCCUUCAAAAGCAGAUAUUAAAAAGAUGGAAAAUAAUUGUAGCACUCAAAGCAGUAUGAAAAAUUUGUUAAGUAAUGAUGAUACAGAUGUAUAUACAAGUCUACUGGAAAAUUAUCGAUACCUGAUCACUCCCAAAUCGUGGUCAGUAACAGAAUUUACAAAUGAAACAAAGAACAGGUGUAUCGUGUUUUUCAAUAUUCACGUUAUAAAGGAAAAUGAUACUUUGAUAUCUGUGAUGAAAAAGAGUCUUAUCAUUGACAAAGGAGCAACAAUGAAUUAUUCUGUUCAUGGAUUACCUGUGGACAUUAAGGGAACAAUACUCCCGAAGAUUCUAGAUAACACCAAAAAGUUGCUCAGUAUCCUGCACAUCUUUGAUAAAAUGCAAGUGUGUGAAGGUCUUGGAAACGAUCUUAAUAUAUUGCAGACUGAUUUUGUAUUUAAGGAUAGUUGCCGUUAUUGGCGUCAUAAACAUUGUAAAAUAGUAUUGAUAAAGGCAACUAGAUGUUCAGUGUGCUCUGACACAAGGACUAUUGUUUUAAGGAAAAAAGCAAUUUCUGGUGACAAACCAUUUGAUUCAUCUGAAUUUGUUAGUGUAAAAACGGAAGUAAAUAAUGUUUAAGCUAAAAUUUUAUAUUUGUUUCUGAUGACUGAUGAAAGAUAAUCAUCGCGAUAUCACGCUGCAAUCAUGACUUAAUUUAUUUUUUUCGACGAAUUUUGGUAUUUUUUACACAUUAUUGGAUCCGUGAUAUGUAUGUUUAAAAAUAAAAUUCAAUCUAUUUAAAGAAUAA